AUGUCCUUACCGAACGACCAAUUGGUUAUCUCCCCUAGCCUAGGCAAGCGUCCCGCUACAGGGAUGAAGCGCUUGGCCCGAACAGCACAUCUCCAUGAGGUUGAGUUGGAUACUCAACGAAGGCUGCGCAUGCAGGAGGAGCCGGCCGAGAAAGAUAACGAUAUUGACCACUCAAAUCACGAUACAGAGCCACUUGAUGCGUCGUCAAUGCUCGACAGUGCUCAAUCCAAUGAUGCGAGUAGGACCAGCGACAUUCGUCACCUUGUUAAACAACAAGGGGGCGCACCGGCCCGCAAAGUUCCCGCUGGUGUACUUGGCCGUCGUUUUGCGCCGACCCAGCCACAGUAUCCAGACAACGGGACGGAAUGGGAAGACACUGACGUGGAUCUUGAUGUGGAGGAUCCUAUGCAGGAAAUAAUUGUUGAAGAAAACAUGCAUGUUCCUCGUGUUCCUCGACUCGUCUCCCCUCCUACUCCUCGAACGUGGGGGGCUAGACGCAAGGCAAGGGGAUUCUCCGUCGACACUGGGUCAGCAAUUCGGAUGCAAUGCGCAUAG